GCAGACCUUAAGCAGAAAGCGUUCUUCAGUGACGCAUGUGUGAGAGACUUCUGUUUCAGUGCAAACCCUCAUCAGGAGCAGAGGGAUGCCAGUGGAGAGAAGCCCUGGAAAGAAGCUGUGGACAGGGCCUCGUUGGUGACCAGGUGCAGCUUCUAUGUAUCACAGAAGCCUUUCAUGUAUAGGGAGGUUGAGGAGGAUUUCCCAGCCAGCUCAGGCCUUCUUCAGCACCAGGCCACUCUCAGCACUGAGGAGCCCCACAGUGGUCGUGAGAGUGGGCAGUCUGUUCUUAGUAGAAAACAUCAUCAUGAGUGGGGUGAGUGUAAAAAGGCUGCCUUCCACAACCAGAACCUUGUUCAACAGCAGAGCGUCUACACUGGAAAUGGACUUUUUGAGUGUCACAAAUGGGGGAAGUCCUUUCGACAAAAGUUUAACCUCCUUCGUCAUGGGAGACUUGACGCUGGACAAAGGCCUUAUGAGUGUGGUGACUGUCCGAAAUCCUUUAGCCAAAGCUCUAGCUUCAUUCAACACAAGAGAAUUCACACUGGAGAAAAGCGAUCUGAAUGCAGUGUUUGUGGCAAAUGCUUUAGUUACAAAGCUGUCCUCAUUCGACAUCAGAGAAUUCACAAUGGAGAAACGUCAGACGACUGUCGUGACUAUGGGAAGUCCUUCAGCGGAAACUCUGCCCUCAGUCAGCAUCAAAGAAUUCACACUGGAGAAAAGCCAUUUGAGUGUAGUGAUUGUGGGAUGUCCUUCAGCCAUAGGUCUAAGCUCAUUGAACACCGCAGAGGUCACACUGGUGAAAGGCCUUAUGAGUGUCGUGAAUGUGGGAAGUUUUUUAGACGCAAAGAUUACCUCCUUAACCACGAGAGAGUUCACACUGGAGAAAAACCGUAUGAAUGUGGUGAUUGUGGGAGAUGCUUUAGCUAUCAAAAUGGACUCAUUCAACAUCAGAGAGUUCACACUGGGGAAAAGCCCUAUGAGUGUAGUUAUUGUGGAAAGUCCUUCAGCCAGAGCUCAACACUCAUUGAACACCAGCGAAGUCACACUGGGGAAAAGCCUUAUGAGUGUAGUGUUUGUGGGAAGUCCUUCAGCAGAAGGUCUGCCCUCACUCGACAUCAGAUAAUUCACACUGGAGAAAAGCUAUAUGAAUGUAAUGAUUGUGGGAAAUGCUUUAGCUGUAACAGUGGACUCAUUCAACAUCAGAAAAUUCAUACUGGAGAAAAGCCAUAUGAGUGUAGUGAUUGUGGGAUGUCUUUCAGCCAUAGGUCUAAGCUCAUUACACACCACAGAGUUCACACUGGAGAAAGGCCUUACGAGUGUAGUGAAUGUGGGAAGUUUUUUACACGCAAAGCUAACCUCCGUAUUCACCAGAGAGUUCACACAGGAGAAAAGCCUUAUAAGUGUAGCGAAUGUGGGAAAACCUUUGGACAAAGUUGUAACCUCUUCCAACAUAUGAAAGUCCACACUGGAGAAAAGCCAUAUGAGUGUACUGAUUGUGGGAAGUCCUUCAGCCGUAGUUCUAUCCUCACUGACCACCAGCGAUGUCACACUGGAGAAAAGCCUUUUGAGUGCAGUGUUUGUGGGAAAGGCUUUAGACUACGCAGCAGUCUUACUUAUCACCAUCACGUUCAUUCUGGAAAAAAAGCCUUAUGAGAGCCCUGACCAGUUUGGCUCAGUGGAUAGAGCGUCAGCCUUCGGACUGAGGGGUCCCAGGUUCGAUUCCGGUCAAGGGCAUGUACCUUGGUUGCGGGCA